UUAUUUAAUGUUAUUAGUUUGAGUGAUAGAAAAGAAGGAGAAAAAAGAUGGUGGGACCAGUGAGGCCUCAGUUUGUGCUCUUUGGUUCUUCCAUUGUUCAACUCAGUUACUCUCACCAACACCAAGGUUGGGGCGCUAUUCUUUCUCACUUGUACUCUCGUAAGGCGGAUAUAGUUCUGCGAGGAUACUCUGGUUGGAAUUCAAGGCGUGCUCUGCAGGUUUUGGAUGAAAUUUUCCCAAAGAAUGCCACUGAGCAACCAUCAUUGGUAAUUGUGUACUUUGGUGGUAAUGAUUCUCUUCUUCCGCAUCCAAGUGGCCUUGGUCAGCAUGUACCUCUCCAAGAAUACAUUGAAAAUAUGAGAAAGAUUGCUGUCCAUCUCAAGAGCCUUUCAAAGAAGACUCGCAUUAUAUUUCUCAGUGCCCCUCCUGUCAACGAGGCACAAAUUUAUAGAAACAGUUUACCGGGGCAGCGAUUAAGGACAAAUGAAUCCUGUCGAGUAUACUCAGAAGCAUGUUUGGAGCUCUGUCGCGAGAUGGAUAUCAAGGCAAUUGAUCUGUGGUCUGCACUCCAGAAAAGGGAUGACUGGAGAGAUGUUUGCUUCACGGAUGGAGUUCAUCUGACUUGUGAGGGGAGCAACAUAGUUGCAAAAGAGAUAUUGAAGGCCCUCAAAGAAGCAGAAUGGGAACCUAGCCUGCACUGGAAGUCAAUGCCAACUGAAUAUGCAGAAGAUUCACCUUAUGAUCCAAUUGGUCCUGAUGGAAAGACAAAUAUUAAUAUCUCCAACGUGAUCACCAUUGAACAUAAGGAAUGGGAGUAGACUUAUGUGUAUUUGAAAACUGUAGACAUGCCCCAAUCCAAGAAUCCUUCUGCAAUAAUCACAAAAUAGCAGCAACUUAGAAUCGUGCCUAAAGAAAGACAUGGCCAUCUUGGCUCACAUAUAUGCAUCAUUUGUCAUUGGAUUUUCACCAUAUAAGUGGGGUGAACUGGUGACCAAAAUACUUGGACAUUGAUUGAGCCAAUUGCCUAAUUGUUUUAUCACCAUUUUGUGGUUGUUUUUAACUAAGGUUAUAAAAUAAAUGGAUUGGUGGAGGCAUUAUAGUAGCGGAACUCUACCUAUGGUUGACAA